AUGGGCACUCCCGUGCGAGUACAGUUAGACAUCGUGCUCGAUCCGAGCAGGCCGGACAGCACGUCCAAGAUCCUGGUCGAGGUUCACUCCGAGUGGGCGCCGAUCGGCGCGCAGCGCUUCUUGGCCCUCAUUGCUGCAAACUACUUCGACGAGGCGCGCAUCUACCGAGUGAUACCCGGUUUCAUCGCGCAGUGGGGCAUCCCCGCCGACCCCAGAGAGUACGAGAAGUGGGGCGAGAAUAAGAUCACCGACGACCCCGUCAAGGUGAGCAACAAGAAGGCGACCAUGUCAUUCGCAACUUCGGGUCCGCACGCGAGAGGCAGCCAGGUCUUCAUCAACUACGACGACUCGUGCGCGCAGCUUGACAGCCAAGGCUUCGCGCCCUUCGCCAAGGUGAUCGAAGGCUUCGACGUUGCCGAGAGCUUUGUGAAAAUGCCCAAGGGGCCCAACCAGGCUGCUGCCAAACAGCAAGGCAACAGAUACUUCACCGAAGAGUACCCGCAGCUGUCCUACAUCAAGCGCGCGGCUCUCCUCGCAUAG